AUGGCAUCUCCCGCUGCUUACGAACCGAUGCCCAAUGAGCUGACUGGCCAUCACUCGACAGCCAUGUCGUCGCCCUAUCCUCACUGUGAACCCCAUGUCUUGAGUCAACUGUCACCCACGAAAUCAGCCAAUAGUAUGGGUCAUCAGCACAGCACCGAUGCCUCCACUCCUAACAGUGUGUAUACCAUAUAUAAUGACACCUCUGAAAGUGCCAUCACUGAAGGGACACCACUUGACUGGGCAUACCAUCGCGAGCACGACCUCAGCUACCCAUCAGAGCACGAGGGCUCCAGUCCUUUGGGUCUCUACGGACACCACAGUAUGGGCGCAGAGAUGGCACUGACCGGCAGUCAUGUCACUCACGCACAUCACUUGGCUGUCAAACUGGGCGCCAAUCAUAUGGGCAAAGGGGUUGGGGUUGGCAGAGGUGGUGGAGCCGGUGCUCAUGCGGUCAGUGUUGAGCAACGGAUACGGCGACCGAUGAAUGCAUUCAUGGUUUGGGCAAAGGCUGAGCGCAAGAGACUGGCGGAUGAGAAUCCUGACCUACACAACGCUGAUCUCAGCAAAAUGCUAGGCAAGAAAUGGAAGGCUUUGACGCCUCCAGAGAGACGUCCGUAUGUUGAAGAGGCUGAACGACUUCGUGUGCAACAUAUGCAGGACUAUCCCAACUAUAAGUAUAGACCCCGAAGACGAAAGCACGGGAAGAGGAGCUGCAGAGGCGGCCGAACACAAGGCCAUAGCGACGGCAUCCAAAUGACCGAUAAUAUGGGACUUAUGGCAAUGUAUGGCUCACAGAGCGGUGGCCAUGGAGUUCAUAUGGACAACCGGGACAACUCGUCGAUGAGUUCGCCAUCCCUGGAGUACUGCGGAGUACAGACGCCGGAGUCGUCUCCACACGGAAGUCCGUUCAGCAACAGUAUUGGCGAGUCUUUGAUGCGAAACAACCGAAUAUUGGACUCAUUUCGUUGCACUAAUAGUAACAGCACUUCGAGUGCCGUCUCUCUCAACCCAAACCCACAGCACUCUAACCACUCGAGUGCUGUUAUGUAUACGAGAGAUGAAUGCAGUUUAUCGCUGCCCAAAGACAUAGCUAUCGGUGCGGAAUUGCACAAUGAAUUUGGAAAUAUGCCACAAACCAGUGCCUUAACUGAAUCAAUCAGAUCCCUUCCCACGCCUGAGAUGUCUCCGGUCGAGUCGCAUGAGAAGGAGAUGCAAAGCCAUCAGAUUCACUAUCAUAACCACAUGCAUAACACACCACCACAACAACACCUGCUCUCAUACCAGACCAAUAUUUCGAGGCCGCUGUCCAUACAAACCGAUUCAACUCAAGCACACGCUAUGUUUGGCCAACAAAUGGCCCCCAAGUCUAGCGCUCCUAUGAGUCAAUUGAUGUCCCGUUUUGACGGCGACUCAUCGUUUCUAAGACAUCUGAGUCCUCCCUAUCGCCACCGAAUGCCUUCCCAUAUCUCUAAUGGUAUGAAUGAAGUCCAAAGCAAUAUAUCGCACGAGUAUUCAUCGAGAUCUAUGCUUCAGCACCAGUUGGAGCAGCCGAGUGGCCAAUCCCGUGCCAUACCACCGAAUUGGCCGCAAUCGCAAACUCAACACAUUCCUAACUAUAACAGAGAUUCGCGACAAUAUAUGUAUGAAUUUGACACAAAACCAGAGCUUAAACCAAAUGAGAUGAUGAACAUUGAGAAUAAUUCGGUGGAAAGUCAUCCAAACUAUAACUACAAUAAUUACAUGACUGUUCCGUCCCAUAUGAAUGACAGCCUUCUACUCGAAAGCCUUUCACAAAACAAUGAUUUGGAUAAUAUGCUCAUCAAUAACAGCCAUCACUCAUCCGAUCCCAAUCCACAAAGCAGUCAAUGCGAGACUCAGACCAACAAACUAAGCGACUGUCACCCCCACCCCCACCACCAUCUGAAUCAUUCCUGUGAUAACAAAUACAGUUCCGAAUUGAUUGCAGCAUUGGCUGAAACCAGAGAAAUCUUGUAA